AGAAAGGAUCGGUCAUUCAAGAAAUGGCAUGUUGGCCUGCCGGGGGGGAACGGCGCCGAGCCCACCGUCACCGGAUCGGUGGCAGCUGGCCCCAGGUGCUAUUUUCGCUCCAGGGAGUGUGACAGCCCGAGGGGGGCUCACUCAGUCGGCACUCGACGUCAGGCCCGCCAUGAAGUCCGCAGGAAGCGAGCAGGGCGGCCCCCCCUCCGACCCGGACGAGCUGGACAGUGGCAGCGAGAGCUCAGGCCGCUCAGCCGGAGGCCGCAGCCCUCCCAGCGGGGGAGGGAAAGGCGAGCAGCGUGGGAGCAGGGCCCUGCGAGGCCCCGCAGGAGUCAGCCGGCAGCGGCAGGCUGCCAAUGCACGAGAACGGGACCGCACGCACAGUGUCAACACAGCGUUCAGUGCCCUGCGCACACUCAUCCCCACCGAGCCAGCCGACCGCAAGCUCUCCAAGAUCGAGACCCUCCGCCUGGCUUCCAGCUACAUCUCCCACCUGGCCAACGUGCUGCUGCUGGGUGAUGACUGCCUGGAUGGGCAACCCUGUCUCAAAUACCCCACUGUCCUCCAGGGCGGCGCCACCAAUGCCGGGCCUGCCCUCAGGCCCAUCUGUACCUUCUGCUUGAGCAACCAGAGGAAAAUGGUACGAGACGGGGAAACUCACGGCGCAGUCUGACACAGAUAUGGAGAUCUGGAUGAUACAUACACUUAUGUUUACAUGUAAAGAGUAUAUUUUUGUAAAGGGGGAAUGGAAACCCACUGAAUUGCACUUUGAGUUUACAGAUUUGUCUGCUUUGUUUUGGUGAAAUGUAACGCGAGAGCGUGUGUGAAGUUGCUAUUUGGGGAUUAGAAACGCUAGACAGCCUGUCCUCGCUGUCCAAUCACAUGUAACCUGCCAAUAGUGGCUGUCAUGCUAAGUCACUCUUUUCAUAUGCCGUGGGGGGGGGGGGGGGGGGACAACUGGCACUUACAGGUAUUUAAUGUGCAGCCUGUCUGAAUUUCAAUGUAAUUUUAAACUAGUGAUGGUAAUUGUUGGGGGUGUAAAAUGGGUGCUGAAUUAUUUUACAGGGGAGGGAGGCAGGAGUUAAGCACUCUUAACAGCAGGAGGCGCUCUUGCCUCUUUUUUAUUAUGUAGAAAGUUAGCGUGACAUACAGACAGGGGAAAAUGUUUACCUGCACAUGUUUGAACCACACAUGAUUGUUCCUGUGUGAAAUGUGAUUUUUGUUUGAAAAGCACUUUUACGAACAUUGCUGCUAUCCAAAAGCCAUUGUGAUCCAUAGCAUUUUUACUUUUGUAUUUAUUUAGUAGAUGCUUUUAUCUAAAGUGACGUACAUUUGACAAAGCAGGGUCGGCCAGUCCCUGGAGCAACUGCAGGUUAAGGGCCACGCUCAGGGGCCCAGUGAUGAAAUUACUCUGCCAGCCCUGGGAAUGGAACUGGUGAUCUUCUAGGCUCAGGCGCAGCACCCGACCCCGCUGAGCCACACGCUACCCACAUUUGUGAAGUAACCGGACAGGAAAGAGGAUCGUUGCAUUGGUGGCAUGUUAAGAAAAUGUGCAUUUUGGUCAAUUGUGUGUGUACAAAAUCAUCCCAGUGAGAGUUUUAUAUAAGCAUUAUGAAGUUGAGGUUAUAAUAGUGGGUAUAAUAGCCUCACACUUCCAUGAUUGUGGGGUGGGUGGUCUCAAUCACGCCCCUGCUCUUUGGGUGGUGUUUGCACUGGUGUCCUCCUGCAGCUUAAUUAUAUGCAGCCCUAGACUGAUGAGCAUCCAGUCCAGGGUGUUCCAGCAAAAGCGCUUGGGGGAUGGAUGCAACCACCAUUACUUGUGUGUUUAAAAAAAAAUGUAUUUGUGGGCCUACCUCUAAAAGCAUUUAACUGUGCCAAUGUACUUGAAUUACUCAACAUAUGUCCAAAUAUUGUCCUUUGCACAGAGAUGUAUUUUUGUAUGACGAAUUACUGCAGUCAACCACUAUCUUUCCUGCACAUUAAACGUGUUUGAGUA